GCUGCCUCCUUCCCUUCUGCAGGAAGACGGAUGUUUCUGAAUCGCCGACCUGAUCCUGUCACGUCCAUUGCCUUUAGGAUAAUGCCCAAAUCCCUUUAAGGUUUAAAGGUGUUUUUAUAUUGGCCCUUGCGCACAUCUUCAGCUUCCCUUGUACCAUUUCCUGCCUCACACUUUAUGCUCAGUAAUCCCAGGUCUUCAGUUUCCUUGUGCAGGUCAAACUCUUUCUCACCUCAGAAUUAUCAAGUUGUUCCCUCUGUUUGGAAUCCUUUUUCCCAACUUCUACAUGACUCAGCACAGGCAUCAUUUUCUCCAAGAAGCCUUUUCUCGGUGCUGAAUAAGGGGCCGCACCUGGAGCAGCUCCUAUUGUUUUUGUCAUUUUUGAGACUAUCUCCACUAUGUAAAUGUUCUUUGAGGGUUGAGAACACGUCAGUUUCAUUCGUGCUCUCCCAGUGCACAGUACAGGGUCUGACACAUAGUAGGUCCUAAGAGUGAUUGUGAGAUCUCUGAAUCAAUGCUUAGUCAGGUUUCUCUAGAGCAGAACUGUCCAGAAAUUUUUGUGAUGAGAAUGUUCGGUAUUUUUGCUGGCCAAUGGCAGCCAAUAACUGAGGAACUGAAUUUUUAAUUUAAAUGAAUUUAAAUGUAAAUAGCCACAUAUGGCUACUGUAUUUGACAGCACAGCUUUAGAGCCUUCCUGAAUCCUACCCCGCCUUGUACCCACCCACCCCUUGCCUAGAGUUACUCCCCUGAAUUGGUGUUCCUACGCUCCUCCCCACUCAGCCUCUUGGGUUUAAACCAGAUUUGUCAGUUCAGUAACUUUUUAUUGUGUCCACACUCCCCACUUAAGCUCAUUAACAGGUGGUUCUCAUCCCUUCUAUCUCCCAUGUUGCAGUGCUAUACUUCCAAUGUUCAUAUUUCAUCCUGUGGUCUUAAGUAUUGCCUAUUUUCUCUGAAUUGAGAGUUUACCAGCCACACCUUACCAAGGUAGCACCUUUGGGGAAGGGACUUGUAUGGCUGCUCCAGUCUGAGUCUCUUGCAUGUAUCUAGGCUGCCAAGAUGCCAGGGCCAAGACCUCGGAAGGGCCCUCAGGCCAGUGGUCAGGGUGUGGCAGCUGCCAAGCAGCUGGGGCUCUUUGUGGAGUUCAGCCCUGAGGACAUGCUGCUGGGGAUGGAGGAGACUGAAGAUGAUGAAGACCUGGAGGCUGAGCUGCUGGCCCUCACUGGGGAAGCAGGGACCACAGGCAGGAAACCAGCACCCAAGGGACAGGCCGCCUUACCCAUGGCCCACAUCGAGAAGUUGGCUGCGGACUGUAUGCGGGAUGAGGAGGAGGAGGAGGAGGAGGAGGAAGAAGGGCUGGAGGAGGAUACAGACCUGCUGACUGAGCUGCAAGAGGUCCUGGGUGCAGAUGAGGAAGCUGGAUCCCUGGAUGGCGAUGAGACAGCCAUCCCGGGUAGCUCUGAGGAGAAGGGACAGAAGAACAUUGAACCUCCAGUGCAGACAGCUCUUCUGACAACCUCAGCUCCAGCAGUUCAGGCUGGAGGGCCUCAGGGGCUACAGGCUCUGCUGGAAGAUCGGAUCCACAAUUACCGGGAGGCUGUGGCCAGCGCCAAGGAGGCAGGUGAAGCAGCCAAAACCAGGCGCUGUGAGCGUGGUCUAAAGACCCUAGAGUCCCAGCUGGCUGCUGUGAGGAAAGGCAGGAAGAUCAAUGAGGAUGAGAUCCCACCUCCAGUGGCCUUGGGCAAGAAGUCCCUGGCCCCCCAGGAAACAACCAACAGAAGCCCUAAAGCAGAUCCCCCUGCUCCCGCCACCAUGUUGCCAGAUAACCCUUCCCAGCCUGAGACAAGCCUCUUGGGCAGCCCUGGCAUUUCUGCCCUGCCUGAUUCAGACCCAGACCCAGACCCACGGGCCUUGUUGUUGGCCCGACAGAGAGAGUACAAAGUGGCUGCCCUGAAUGCCAAGCGGGCUGGAGAUCUCGACCGUGCCCGAGAUCUCAUGAGGAUUGGGAAGAGAUUUGGUGCCGUCCUGGACGCCUUGGAGAAGGGGCAGCCUGUGGACCUGAGUGCCAUGCCCCCGGCACCUGAGGACCUGAAGCCCCUCCCACAGGCUUCUAAGGCCCUCACAGCACCCGCAGUUGUACCCCCAGGAGUGGAGCAAGUGUACCCAGUGAUGGCCCCUGACACCCCGGCAACUCCAGUGGUCCAUACUGAGCCUCAGACGGUGUUGGACGCCCUGCAGCAGAGGCUGAAUAAGUACCGAGAGGCAGGCAUCCAGGCCCGGGGCAGUGGGGAUGAGCGAAAGGCCAGGAUGCAUGAGCGCAUUGCCAAGCAAUAUCAAGAUGCCAUUCGAGCACACCGAGCAGGACACAGAGUUGAUUUUGCUGAGUUGCCUGUUCCUCCAGGAUUCCCCCCCAUCCCUGGUCUGGAGCCCACCACAGGCACUGAGGAGGAUGCAGUGGCAGCUACUUUAGCAGCUGCCCAGAAACUGGUCUCUGAGGAAGCAGCCCCAGCAGAGGAAGAUGAGGAUGAGGAUGAGUCUCCAGCCCAGGCCCCAGUAUCUAAGAAGCCUCUGGUAUCUUCCUCCCGGCCCCUGCCUGAGCCCAAGGCCUCGAGUUCUAAGGAGUCAUUGAGUCCCUCUGUGCGGGAGCAGCUGGCACUGCUAGAGGCACGCAAACUGCAGUACCAACGGGCAGCGCUGCAGGCCAAGCGUGGCCAGGACCUGGAACAGGCCAAAGCUCAUCUGCGGCUGGCCAAAUGCCUCGAGGCUCAGAUCCUCCAGGUCCGAGCCGGCCAACCUGUGGACUUCUCUAAGGUGCCUUCACCUUUGAUGGAUGAAGAGGGUGACUUCAUCCUCAUUCACCAUGAAGACCUGCGCCUCUCCCAGAAGGCAGAGGAGGUGUACUCCCAGCUACAGAAAAUGCUUCUGGAGCAACAUGAGAAGUGUCUGCUGUUCUCCAAGCAGUUCAUGCACCAGGGCAAUGUGGCCGAGACUACUCGGUUUGAGAAGCUUGCUCAGGACCGCAAGAAGCAGCUUGAGAUCCUGCAGCUGGCCCAGGCCCAGGGCCUUGACCCUCCUAGCCACCACUUUAAGUUGAAGACAUUCCAGACUGUGAGGAUCUUCUCAGAACUCAACAGCACAGAAAUGCAUCUGAUCAUUGUCCGGGGAAUGAACCUUCCAGCCCCUCCAGGGGUGACCCCUGAUGACUUGGAUGCUUUUGUGCGGUUUGAGUUCCACUACCCUAACUCGGACCAGGCUCAAAAAAGCAAAACAGCUGUGGUGAAGAACACAAACUCUCCAGAAUUUGAUCAACUCUUCAAACUAAACAUCAACCGAAACCACCGGGGCUUCAGGAGGGUGAUCCAAAGCAAAGGAAUCAAGUUUGAAAUCUUCCACAAAGGAUCCUUCUUCAGAAGUGACAAGCUGGUCGGCACAGCCCACCUGAAACUGGAACGGCUGGAGAAUGAGUGUGAGAUCAGAGAGAUUUUGGAGGUCCUGGAUGGAAGGAAGCCCACUGGGGGCAAGCUGGAGGUGAAGGUGAGGCUGCGGGAGCCUUUGAGUGGCCAGGACAUACAGAUGGUCACCGAGAACUGGCUGGUCCUGGAGCCUAGGGGCCUAUGAGGUGGGCAGCUCUCUGGGCCCUCAGAACCUCUGCCCAGGACCCACAGGGACACUUCUAGUACUCAACUCAUAUCUGGGGAGAAAGCCUAAGAAUGUCUCAGCUGUGAGGAUGAUCAAGAGGCAAAACUGUUGGGCAGGGCUUGGGCUGAGUUUCUUAGGAUCCUCAGGAGAGCCUGGGAGGGAUGUUAAACCUUCCCAGGUCUACUUGUUUUCAGGAAAUCCUUUCUAAACUCUAUUUGUAUAUUUACUGCAGUUUAGACUUACUUCCUACUUUCUACGCUUUGUACCUGUGCUUCAGUCAACGUUGGGAGAGGAGUCAGGCCAGCGGCAUGUGCACAAGCAUACUUUCCCAG